AUGGAUGAAAACUUUUUACCAAAAUUAUCACAAAAUUUGCUUGAAAUUCUAAACGAUGAUGAAUACUAUGAUGUUACGAUAGAAGUUGGUAAUAAUCCUUACGUAAAAAUAUUUCGUGCUCAUUUAGUUAUUUUAAGUUAUCGUUCUUCUUAUUUGCGAAGAAUUUUAUCAACUAAUAAAAAGAAGAACGAUGGAACUUUAGUACAAAUCAAACUAUCAAAUAUUUCACCGGAAAUUUUUCAAAUAAUCCUAAGGUAUAUUUAUGGGGGAAGAAUAUCUGUGAAAGAAUAUGAUAAUAUUGAUAUCAUUAAAAUUUUGAUUUCUUCUAAUCAGCUACAUCUUCAGGAAUUAGUUUUUUAUUUACAAUCAUUUUUGAUUGAAAAUAAAGCAAGUUGGAUGGAACAAAAUUUUAAUUUAAUAUAUCAAAUAAGUUUUGAAAAUGAUUCUUUCUUUGAGCUUCAAAAAUAUUGUAUGGACUUAAUUUCUAAAUCCUCAGAUAAAAUAUUUAAAUCAUUAAACUUUCCAUCAAUUCCGGAAAAACUUUUGAUUUCGCUUAUCCAGAAUUAUAAUCUUCAAAUGAGUGAAACUCAAUUAUGGGAAAAUGUUCUUAAAUGGGGUCUUGCGCGAAAUCUUAACUCAAAAGAACUUUUUUAUAAAGCAGUACCUUACAAAGAAAUCCUGUCUGAAGAACUAUAUAUAGAUUUAUUAAAAAUUUUUUUGGAUGCAGAUAGCAAGCCAGGUUAUAAACCAUUACCUCGUAAAAUCGGAGAAAUCAAUAUAACACCACAGGAAAACACUAAAUAUACAUCACAAGAUGACGAUGACAGUUACUUGACACUACAUGGAAAUGACAAUUUUACGACAUCACAAGAAAUUGAUAAUUAUGCGUUGCAAGAAAACGAAGAAAAUUUCAAUUAUACGCUAAAAGAAAAUGAAGGAAAUGCCAUUUAUACGCUACAUGAAAAUGGAAUUUUCAACUAUAUUUCACAGGAUAAUGAGGAGAAUGUUGACUAUAUGUCACAAGAAAACGAAGAGAAUAUUAACUGUGCGUUACAAGAAAAUGAUGAGAAUAUCAAUUAUGUAUUAACAGAAAAUGAAGAAAAAUCUGCGUUACAAGAAAUUGAAGAGGAUAUUAACCAUGCGUUACGAGAAAUUGAAGAGAAUAUUAGUUAUACAUUACAAGAAAAAAAGAUGAAUGUAAUUUGUGCGUUGCAAGAAAAUGAGGAGAACGUCAACUAUGCGUCACAAGAAAAUGAAGAGGAUAUUAAUUAUUCCUUUCGUGAAAUUGAAGAGGAUAUUAACUGUGCGUUACGAGAAAUUAAAGAGAAUACUAGUUAUACAUUACAAGAAAAAAAAAUGAAUGUGAUUUGUGCGUUGCAAGAAAAUGAGGAGAACGUCAACUAUGCGUUACAAGAAAAUGAAGAAGAUAUUAAUAAUACUUUACGUGAAAUUGAAGAGGACAUUAAUUGUGCGUUACGAGAAAUUGAAGAGAAUACUAGUUACACAUUACAAGAAAAAAGGAUGAAUGUAAUCUGUGCGUUGCAAGAAAAUGAGGAGAACGUCAACUAUGCGUUACAAGAAAAUGAAGAGGAUAUUAAUUAUACUUUACGUGAAAUUGAAGAGGAUAUUGAUUGUGCGUUACGAGAAAUUGAAGAAGAUAUUAGUUAUACAUUACAAGAAAAAAAGAUGAAUGUAAUCUGUGCGUUGCAAGAAAAUGAGGAGAACGUCAACUAUGCGUUACAAGAAAAUGAAGAGGAUAUUAAUUAUACUUUACGUGAAAUUGAAGAGGAUAUUAAUUGUGCGUUGCGGGAAAAUGAAGAGAAUAUAAAUUAUGUAUCACAGAAAAAUGAAGAGAAUGUCGAUUUUGCAUUACAGAUAAAUAGGGAGAAUGUAACUUGUGCAUUGCGAGAAAAUGAGGAGAAUGUAAUUUGUGCGUUACGAGAAAAUGAGGAAAAUGCAAUUUGUGCGUUGCGUGAAAAUGAGGAGAAUAUCAACUAUACAUUGCAAGAAAAUGAAGAGAAUGACAGCUAUGUGUUAAAAAACGAACAGUAA